UCUGCCCGGCAUCCUGUCCAGAAAAAUGUCUCUCAGCAACAGCCUCAAUUAUCAGCCUCAGGUGCUCAAAUUCGGCACCAGUGGUCGCCGCGGUGAAGUGAUCCACCUCACGCAGCUGGAGAUCUACAUUAAUGUACUCGCCGAGAUCCGCUAUCUGCAAUCCCUCCCGCUGUCCGACGGUGGCGUCCAGAAAGGCGACGACUUUUACUAUGCCCACGAUCUUCGUCCCAGCUCUACACAAUACGUCGAGAACCACCGGGGUGGCCUCUCGCAGGCCGUUGAACAGGCCUUGAAGGAUGGAGGCAUGCGCGCCAUCAACCUGGGUGCAAUCCCCACCCCCGCCCUCACUUACUACGCUCUGCAGCACGGCAAAGGCAGCAUCAUGGUCACCGGAAGUCACAUCCCCUUCGAUCGCAACGGAUACAAACUGAACACCUCGAAAGGAGAGCUGUUGAAGAAGGAUGAGCAACCGAUUAACCAGGCCGUCGAGCGCAUGCGUGAGGAGAUCAUGUCGCAGCCGUUUUCCGAAUCCCUCUUCGACGCCGAUGGCAUGCUUCGCCAUGCGCCCUCCGACCUGGUGCCUGCCAUCCCCGACGGAAAGACCGCCUACAUCAAGCGCUACCAAGACUUUUUCAAGGGACAAUCGCUCAAGGGCAAGAAGAUCAUGGUUUACCAACACUCCGCUGUCGGUCGCGAUCUCGUGGUCGAAAUUUUGGAACAAUUCGGUGCUCAAGUCACUCCGGCCGGCCGCAGUGACACCUUCGUGCCCAUUGAUACCGAAGCAAUUGACCAGGCUCAGCUCAACACAAUCCAGGGCUUCUACCAGGAGACUGGUGACAGCUUCGAUGCCGUCGUGUCUACGGAUGGCGACAGUGAUCGUCCGCUCCUUGUGGCGCCCGAAGGAGAGCAGCUUCGUUUCUUCGGCGGUGACCUGUUGGGCAUGAUCGUGGCGGAAUACCUGGGUGCUGAUGCUGUGGUGGUCCCUAUCAGCAGCAACGAUGCCAUCGAUCGGGGUGCUCUCGCCUCAGCCACUGAGCCUCGCACCAAGAUCGGCAGCCCAUACGUGAUUGCUGGUAUGCAGACUGCCGUCGCUAAGGGGAACAGUCGGGUUUGCGGAUGGGAAGCCAACGGUGGAUUCCUCACUGGCUCUCAUUUUCUACGUGACGGAAACCCACUGCCCGCGCUUCCCACGCGUGACGCCGUCUUGCCUCUGCUCUGCGUUCUCUUCGCUGCUCAAACCCGCCAGAUCACCGUGCCUCAGCUCUUUGGCACGCUCCCAGCCCGCUACAGCAAGGCCGCUUUGAUUCGGAACUUCCCGCGACCCACGAGUCUGAAGAUCGUUCAGAAGUUUUCCCCACAAGACCCUAACAUGCAAGAAGUUGCUUUCGACGCUGAGAAGGUCAGCGCGCAGGACGGCGGUCGAACUCCUGUUACCGUAACCGAAUCACAGGCUCAGCACCUGGAUCAGGUCCGCCAGGAGCUCCAGACCGUGUUCUCGGCCGAGGCCGGGUUUUCGUCCAUUGCUCGUCUGAACUACACGGAUGGUGUGCGCAUUAUCUUUACCAGCGGCGAUGUGGCUCAUGUCCGACCUUCAGGCAAUGCCGAUGAGCUCCGCAUUUACGCCGUCGCUGACUCUCAGGCUCGCGCCGACGACAUCACUAUCCAGGGUGUUGCGGAGCCCAACGGCCUUCUUCGUCAGUUGGAACGCCUGGUCUAAUUUCUCGGGCCCGCGCAAAAUACCACGUGCUAGAAGGUAUUUCUGCAUCCCGCGCGCCGAGAAUGACCGGGUGACAACAGCACCCCCUUUAGAAUCCUUCAAGUUCCUUUCUUUCGACAUUUAAAACACCUGUUCAUCUUAUUGCAGAGCAAAUAAUAAUAUUAGACUUUAAUUACACUUUCAGGUUUUCUGAGUGAAAUAUCAACACUGCUUGCCAGUUAUGCAGCCC